CACACGGACUAGCUAAUGUAUCGAAGCGAGUCCGGGACCAUUCCUGUUCCACUCAGACACAGAGUCAGUUGGGCCAGUGACAUGGAGAUGAAAGGUGGUAAUGAACCAAAUCCCAAUUCAGGGUAUGGUAACCAAGGGUAUCCAGGUGCAGAUUAUCCAGGAUAUCCCCCACCACAAAACCCCUAUGGGUAUCAACCUGCUGGGUACGCACCGGCGGGGUACCAGACCGCUGGUGCUCAAGUUCCACCAGGCUAUCCCCCUGGGCCUUAUCAAGGGCAGCCUGGCCAAGCUAAUUUUGGUGCUUAUGGGGGACCACAUGCUGUGCCAAAUCAGCCUGGUGCUCCUGCAGCUGCCUGGAUGCCAGCACCUGCUCCCAUCCCUAACUGCCCGCCAGGGCUGGAAUAUCUGACGCAGAUUGACCAGAUACUGGUUCACCAACAAGUUGAGCUGCUAGAAGUUCUGACUGGAUUUGAAACAAACAACAAAUAUGAGAUAAAAAACAGCCUGGGCCAAAGAGUCUACUUUGCUGCAGAAGAAAAUGAUUGCUGCACACGGAACUGCUGUGGGCCAAGCCGACCCUUUUCCAUGACAAUUGUUGAUAAUGCUGGUCAGGAGGUUAUGAAAUUGCACAGGCCGUGCAGAUGUUCAGCAUGUUGUUUCCCCUGUUGCCUACAAAAACUUGAAGUGCAGGCACCUCCUGGUACAACCGUUGGGUAUGUUAUCCAGAACUGGCAUCCUUGUCUGCCUAAAUUUACCAUUCAGGAUGAGCGGGAACAAGGCAUUCUGAAAAUCAAGGGCCCUUGCAUUCCUUGUAGAUGUUGCGCUGAUGUUAAAUUUGAGAUCAAGUCAAUGGAUGAGAGUGCAGUGGUUGGAAGAAUCACCAAACAAUGGACUGGUUUUGUAAAAGAAGCUUUCACCGAUGCUGACAACUUUGGAAUCCAGUUCCCGAUGGACCUUGAUGUAAAGAUCAAAGCUGUCUUGCUUGGUGCCUGUUUCCUUAUUGAUUUCAUGUUUUUUGAACAGAGUCAGAAUAACAACUGAAAAGGAAGAUGGAGUGCAAAGAAAUACACUUGUACAAAAUAUUCUACUACCAAAAAGUGCAAGAACGUUUUUCUUAUUACAUAAUUAGUGUACCAUUCAGGUUCAGACAUAUACAUGUGACAUUUGUGUCUUCAUUUAAAUGGCAUUGAAAAUUCCUUCUGGAAUCCCAGUAAUUUGCAAUGGUUCCUUCACAUUUUUAGUUGCUUAAGUAUGAAGGACCAGAAUGCCUUUUAUGCAUAUUGCCCAAAAGUGCUUGUUCUGGCGUUACUCUGGGAUUCUUUUCAUGGAGAUAUGCUGCAUAUCAACCAUCUGCUUUGAGCCAUUUAUUGUACAGGGAAAUUUCAUGCAUUUUUGUCCAUUAUUUUUUGGACUUUUAAGAUACUGUUAAGGCAAACCAAACCCCUGUGCUGUUGCCCUAAGUAUAUAUCGAUAUAAGAUAUCUUUUUAUAAUAUGAUUUGUUUUGAAGAUCCUAUAGAAAUGAAACAUCACUAAAGUCAUAUUAGCUCCUAUUCGCGCAUAGUAUUGCAUGACUUGUACCCAGGAAAGUCCUAACAUAGAGCUGGCUGCAUGAACAUAUUUAGCAGUAGAGUGAGCCACAGCCUCAUGUUAUUGUAUUAUCAUAGUUCUGAAAAGCCCAGGAUAUGAGAGCAUUUAGGAGCUUAUCUUAAUCAAGAUCAAAACAUUUCCAGUAAAAUGCAUCCUUAUUAUUGGUACUUAGUGAAAUCAUAACUUAGUGAUGUCACUUAUGUCCCAUGAACCAUUAACACUCCUAAUGUCUUGUAUUUUUCACACAUUCUCUCAUUCUGUCUUUUGUCAUUAAAAUAGCAUGCUACCUGUAGUAAAUAUGCUAGAGCUUUAUUCUGUAUGCACUGUGGCACAAGUUGCAAAUACAAUUUGGUUUUCAUUUUUGUAUUUCAUUGUAUAUUCGUUGUUUUUAAAAUGUAACAUUUAAAAAGUUUAUACCCAGUAGUAACAUUUUAUAACAGGCAUAUUUAUAAUGUACAGGUGCCUCCGUAAGCUUUUUGGGCUCAAGAUGUCUUGUUAUCUUAGAAGAAGAUCAUACUUUUCAAUGUCUUGACAUUUACUUUAUUUCUGGGUAAACACUGACUUUUGACAAGAAACUUAAAAUGUUAAACAAGUAACUUUUGAGAAGCUUUUUGAGACUCAUUCUAAUACUGAUGUAUUGGUUCAGUAAAAGGGAACAUACUCUGUAUAUCACAUAUAAAACAUGGAUUCGUAGGGGCUUGACAUCCUUGCUGUGCCAAUUGCACAUGGGGCUGUCUUGGGCACUUUAAAAGUCUCAUUCCUUAUUAGGCUGAGAAGAGGUACGAAAUUGCUGGAAAGACUCUGAUGAUGCAUCACCUAACUAAGCUAUUGCUUCCUUUUCCAAAGUCACGCAAAGUUGAAGGAAGGAAACUUCACGUGAUUUUGGAAGAAUUAAGUGGCGCAUAUGCUUUUCCACUGGCAAUUCACUUUGUUUCUUGUGGAGAGGCAUUUCGGGAAGAUUAGUCGCCCAUUGUAGUAGGAAUUUAUUGGGGGCGAUUAAUCUCUCUGUGGGCAUUAUCCUAAAGCUAAUCCUAGACGGGGCUGGUUCUUGGCCUGCUGAGAAUCAGCCCCUAUACUGGCAUAAGCCGAGAAUCCACCCUCUCUGCCUCUAGCCUAAAGGGGUUGUUCAUCUUCACUUUUUUCAGUUCAGUUGAUUUUAGAUAGAUACCAACUGCAAAAAUCCAUUUUCUGGUCUACUGUCUAAACUAACUGGACUAAAAAAGUGCACCAUUUUUUGGGUGUUUAUGGCGAGUUAAACAUUGAACUGCCUAGGGCUCCCAGUCAGAUUGGC